AUGGGUAAAUCUAAAGGAGGCAAAAAGAAGCAACAGCAGCAGCGGAAGGAGGAGGAGGAGGAAGGGGAUGAAACGGUGGUCAGUGGAGAGCUCUCGGAAGAGGUGAUGGAAGGGGACGACUCGCCAGUAGAGUAUCUUGAGGUUGAUGCUGGCAGCUCACAGGAGGACGUACCUACAGCCGUAGGGGAGGAGACUAUCGAGGUGAAGUCAGCAGCACCAGUAGUGGAAAAGGAAGUGUCCGAGGAGAAGGUUGUCACUCCCGAGGCCAGCCAGGAGGCCGUACAGAGCACACCUGCGCAGCGGGAGGGAUUAGAUGAUUCCCAGCUGACCACUCCACAGACGAAGGUUAACCCCUACUCUCCACCGGCCGCUUCCCCUUUACCUUCUAGUUCCAGUGAGGAACCAGCGAUGAGGGAUAGACUUCCCGAGAGUAAGGAGACCCUCGUUGAGACGCCCUCGUCUACAGCUGUGGUGGAGGGCCCACCUGUAGAUGACCAGACUCGUUUCAAGUGGAAGGUCCACAACACUGGCUACCUCCAGAGCAGCCUACGGGCUUCCUUGUCGACUGACUACGCUACUAUCAGGAGUUCUGAUCCCACUAGUGCUGCUGCUGUCGUUGACAAGAGAACCUUUGACGACUCAGCUAAAGUGAAGUACCCUCUGCAACAGCUGCUGGGACUAGCUGAGAAUCUUCCUGCCGGAGUUAACCCUGCCAGAAGGGAAGCGUACCUCUCGGAAGAGGAUUUUACCGCUGUUUUCGGUAAGGGCAGAAAGGACUUCUACUCCAUGCCAGUGUGGAAGCAACGAAGUGCUAAAAAGAGCGCUGGCAUCUUCUGAUAAAAUUGAUUCCACUGGAUAGGCUUUCUACGAACAAGUAACCUUGAAUACUGUUUAUGUGACCUAACCUCUGAAGGGUAUAACACCA